AGUAUAAAAGUUGUGCCGCUGUGUAUUUGUGUUUAAUGAGAGCGUAAAGAAUUCCGGGCAGAAUCUUAACAUUUGAAGCAGGCAACUAUGCUGUGCAAGAACUGAGGUGUGGGAGCAGAGAAAAAGUGAGUCCAAUGCCCAAUUUCCCCACAUUUUGCUUUCUACAUUUAGCUGGCAACGCCAUCGACCGCUCUCCAUCCAAAUCUCAACUACUACGUGAGAAAACAGCUCACUAAUACACUCAAAGCCUAUCUAGCUCCAGCAAAACGCCACGGAUUCCGUUGCCUCCAAAGCAAAUGGGCCCGAUCAAUGCGAUCAUACCGUGUUCGUAGCUCAUAACAUUAACGACUCGUUGUUCGAAUGGUAGCUCGUUGCGGAAAGUGCUCGCGGGCUAAGCAAAAUAUACCCAUAAUAAGAUUCAUUUACAAUGAACACCAACAAAACGCAGGGAGAUAUGUGAAAAGAAAGUGAAUAAAAAAUUUCAAAUAGAGUUUGGUAUAGAAAUCGAACCAUCUAGUGAACGAAAAGAAAAAUAAAUCAAAAAUAGAAAAUAAAAGAAAAACAUUUAUACACAACGAAAGAUGUACACAAAUUGAAACUAAACUGAGUACUAAGUAAAAGAAAUAAUCUAACAGAAUUAGUGCAUUGCAAACGAAACAAAUUGGGUAAUCAAAGUAAAAAUAAAAUUUUCAGAAAUCAUACAAAAAAGUUCAUACAAAUCACAGAAAGCAAAUAAUAUUUAAUUGUUCAAGAAAAAUACUAGAGCAAAAGUAAUUUUCCCUCGAAACAAAUAUACAGCGCGUGAAAACGAACUAAACAGCACACAAAUGAACAUGCAUACAAACAUACAUACAAACACAUAUUUAAAAUGAAAAAAUAAUAAAUAAUUUAUUUUUUAUGGAAUGGAAUGCAGCAAAAGAGAUAGCGCUAGCGGGCCGACGUUUGGGGGCCAUGCGCGUAAAUGAGAUGCCGACAAGUUGGAGCGCACGAAUUCAAUUUUGAAACGAUUCAACGAGCGAACGUCAAACGACCAGCAAGCAAUAGUAGUCAAUGUACGCUCGCGCGCGCAGUGGGGGAGAUCGAAGUGUGGUGUUGUUGAUGGUUUGUUUGUUUGUGAGAGAGACUCAAUGUGAGUGUGCAAGUGCGCGGUAAAGUGUUGAGAAGUCGUCGAUGCGAUCAGUAUAGAGCGCGAAUGACUACAUACAUGCAUACAUACAUACAUGCUACUCUACUCUCAGUGCCUGACUAACUGACUGUGUGUGUGUGUGCGUUGUUGAGCGAGGCAAAAUAACGCGCAGAGACCAUCAACGUCACAGUCGUCGUCGUCGUGGUCGUCGCCCACUUUUUGCCAACUCUAUUGGCACCAAACAGUAGGCAGUAGCCAUCGCGGCUAAACUACAUACCAGUCAGUCAAUUUGCUAGCCAGCCAGCCAGUCAGCCAGUUAGCUAGCAAGCUAGCGCUAACGCCCGCAAACGAUCGAAUUGAUUGUGUUAUAGUCGCGCGGACGCGCGUUUACUCUUAUUAGUGGCAUUUGGAACGAGCGCGUCGUGUCCAAGGCAAGGAAUUUUUAAAUUUUUGUGCGUGGCUCACGUACUGAAACAAAUUGGGUAUCUAGUUUGCAGAGUAUGCGCACUCACAUGCAUACACAUACAUACACGUGUGUAUGUACAUAUAUAUGGCUAGAUAGAUAUGCAGCGCUGUGUUUUUUAAUGGAUAAAUGGAUUUGCACGUGUGUUGAGUGAACGAUUUAUAUAUAUAUUUGUAUAAUUAUAAUAUUUUUUACAUAUAUACAACCCAAAAGCGGUAAUUUACUGGUGAAUUUGAUGCACAAAAAUCCACUUAUAAAAAAUUUUAAAUAAUUUGAAAUCAACUCUGUUGAAUAUAAAGUAGUGUUGUGGUAGUGGCAAAGUGAAAAUCGUUGCUUGUGAAAAUAACAAAAAAAAAGAAUAUAUAUACAAAGCGAGCAAUUAAUAAAAAUGCGUGUAUGCAACUAAAACAAACCAAACAAAAAAAAAGUGCGAAAUAUGAAAACUAAUUGAAAGUUAAAAAGUGGUAAAGCGGUCAAAUUGUCCAAAUCGCAUGCUGCUGCCGCCCCACAGCAACACCCAACUAAGCUAAUUGGCGCGCUGAUUACAGCUUGCAAAUCCGCAUAGCAGUAGCGCAUCAAUAACGCCCAGCAGCGCAAGUGCUGCAACCGCGUCGUAUCGUGCCGCGUCUCACAUACAAAAUUUUUCGUACAUUUAACCAAUUCAAGCGCCGCCGCAACGCAUACGCGCGUCGUCACAUCUUAGUGUUGCAUAGUUGAGUGCUAGUGAGUGCCGCCAAGUUUAUGCGCCUGGCGCAAAAGAUGAAAAGAUAACAAAGCCAGCAACAGCAAGUGCAACAAAUUACAAAAAAAAAAAAAAAUUAAAAAAGAAAAACCAACAACAGCGUACGUAUUUAGCGCGUCGAAUAUGUUGUGGCCAGCGUCAUCAGCGUCACCGUUAUCGUCAACAUAAACGCUGUUGUCGUAGUCUUUACUUGGCGUAAAACGCUUGCAUUUGACAAUAUUUUUUUUUUGCUAGCAAUAACAACGAUAACAACAACAUUCAGCAGCAAAAAGAAUAACCCGUACACUUUCAGCGGCAACAACUUUAGCGCGCAAUUAUUGCCUUUAUGGACGUCAGUUUUUGCAUUUUCGCGCUGGUUUUACUUUUCGUAAGCCAUUUAUGAUUUUUAGCGCAACAUUUACAUGUAAGUUGUUGUUGCUGUCGCACAUACUUUUCCACGUUUACAUCGCAAGUGUAUACGCCUUUAGUGCUAAGCACGUCAGCGCCGUCGCCGUCGCCAUUGCCGCCACUGUAGCGACCACAACAGCCGCUUUAAACGCUUUUGCAGGCGUCGCCGUUGCCGUCGCCGCCGCCGCCGUUUUCCCUGGCAAUCAUAAAAAUUUUCUCGUCGACAACGUGCAGGAAUUUCAUUUUGAAAUUAUGCCAAAACUACAACAUCAGCCACACCACCAGCCACAACACCAACACCAACAACAACAGCAGCAGCACCAGCAGCAGCAACACCAUCACCACACAUCCACACAUCAUGGCGAAUAUCCAUUGCCAAAUGGCUGGGAUAUCGCCACCGAUUUCGAUGGAAAAACCUACUACAUCGAUCAUAAUACGAAGAAGACAACGUGGCUGGAUCCGCGCGAUCGGUAUGUAGCCAAAUUGACACCAAAACGAAAUAUGCACACAUCCAUACAUUCACGUGUAUGCGUGUAUGAGUGUGUGCAAAUACAUACAUACUCACAUGUGUUUGGUUGCAUAAAAUCACACAUUCAUACUCGUGUGUGGGGAUUUAUUUACCUUCUUCGUACAUCAGAAAAUAUUUAUUUAGCACAGAUUUUCAAUUUUAUAAGAUUUUCGUUUACAGUUAGAUAUUUAGGUCUUUUAUGGUUUCUCAAAAGAAGCAUUAAAUAUAUUUUUUGCAUAUUUAAGUUGCCAAGAUUUGUAUAGUUUGCAUUCGUAUGUCCAGUCUGUGUUUAUGAUUUGCUUAUGGAUUUCCACUCUACAGUAUAAUCUGCAAUGUAUAAUCUGCAACGUUUAUUCAGUU